AUGGCGUUUCAAGACCUUCUCUCUCAAGAAAUGGUCCUCCACCACCAACACUUCACAGACCAGCACCUAUCCGAAAACGCUACCGUUUUACGAGGACUUUUACCGGAGUCAACGUCCGAUAGUGCCGCCGGAAAAGCACCGCCAACAUGGCUGCUCCGCCAACAAAACCCCCAGCACCACCACUUCACCGGCAGCGAUAAUAAUUUCCUCCACCUCCAGACAACGAACUCGGACUCGUCCAAUUCAAACCAGUGGCUUCUGAAACAGAACGACGACGGCUCGACUAUGAACCAAGAGAAGACGAUGGCUUGUAAUGGAGAAAGUGAGAAUAAUGGUGAAGAGAGCUGUGGUGAUUGGGAGAGAGAUAGGUGUAAAGCGGAGAUUGUGAAUCAUCCGUUGUAUGAUCAGUUGUUAUCGGCGCAUGUGCAGUGCCUGAGAAUCGCUACGCCGGUGGACCAGUUGCCGAGGAUCGACGCUCAGCUGGCUCAGUCGCAGCAUGUGGUGGCUAAGUAUUCGGUGCUCGGCGGACAUGGAAGUCAUGCUCUUGAUGAUAAAGACCUCGAUCAGUUCAUGACACACUAUGUUCUAUUGCUUUCUUCCUUUAAAGAACAAUUGCAGCAACACGUCCGUGUUCAUGCAAUGGAAGCAGUCAUGGCUUGUUGGGAACUUGAGCAAUCUCUUCAAAGUUUAACAGGUGUAGCACCUGGUGAAGGUACAGGUGCAACAAUGUCGGAUGAUGAUGAUGACCAGGCAGAUAGUGACACCAACUUGUUUGAUGGGAGUCUGGAUGGACCAGACAGCAUGGGAUUUGGUCUUCCAACUGAAUCUGAGAGGUCACUGAUGGAGCGUGUGCGGCAAGAGUUAAAGCAUGAGCUGAAACAGGGCUACAAGGAGAAGCUAGUGGGCAUCAGGGAGGAAAUUCUACGCAAGCGAAGAGCUGGAAAGCUGCCGGGUGACACCACCUCCUCUUUAAAAGCUUGGUGGCAAUCACAUUCCAAGUGGCCUUAUCCAACUGAGGAAGACAAAGCAAGAUUGGUGCAAGAAACAGGUUUGCAACUGAAGCAGAUUAAUAACUGGUUCAUUAAUCAAAGGAAAAGGAAUUGGCACAGUAACACUUCAUCUUCUACGGUUCAGCGGAGCAAACGCAAGAGUAAUUCAGGUGCAACCAGCAGUGAUCGCUGCAUGUAA